CAUGGCAACAAUACUGUCAUCAGUUCAAAAGAGAUACUAAACUUUUAUAGACAAAUCGUGUUACUUAAUGACGCUUUUUAGUAGUUUAUCGACAGAAGUAUAAUGUUUCUCGAUAAAACAAGCUUGUGAAAGUAGUCAUGCAUACAAAAUGCAAUAUAGAUUAAAUAAGCUAUUACGAAGAAUAAACAACUAGAAACUUAACAUUUUCUAAUGUUUAGAUUCACUAUUAGUUUCAUACGAUGCAUAAAGGUCGUAAAUAGUAAUUAUAACAUGAAUGAAUCGAGACCUGGCAGAUCAAUUUCUAAUUGUAAUACAAUGCUUGUCCUUCGAUUUCAUAUACUGUAACUUAUUUAUCAUAUGUCUGUUGCAAGUAAACAUCUAAGUAAGUUUUUCGAGACGAUAAGAAACAUAACUUAUAUUAUCGGUCUGUUAAUUUCUAAUCAUUUAUAGUUUUCUCCCUGUUCUAUUUGCGUAUGCCAAUUAAUCCUGUAUUAAAACAUAAUAUUCGCAAACAUCAAUUCACAUGAACCAGAGCUGUUCUCCAUAUACACCCUGAAAAAUAACGGGAUAAAAGAUAUGCAAUUUCCUUAUAUAUAUUACAUCAUUUUUAGAUUCAUGGAUAUGUGUUUAGAGUUUGUAGUAAUCAGAGUUCAGCCUUCUGCUUUCCGAAUCCCAUCUGCUGUGCAAGGCUAAUACGCAGACAAAUGUAACAAUCCUUCAAGAAGACAUACGAUAUAUUUAUUUAUAGUUUACGAUUACACUACGGAGUGAAAUAUAAAUUGAACAAAAUCAUUGGCUAUUUUUCAAGAUGAUGACCUUGAUGAUGAUCUAUAUUUGAAUAAAAAAAACAACCACGAAUUCUACUAUCAAAAAUAUGAAUUUUUACAACAAUGAUAGAGUUUUAAACGAAAACGAGCUUUAGUUCUAAGAUAAUUUGAAAUGUGUGGAAUUGAAACCAUUAUUUUCACCAUAGAAACUUCAAUUCACACAAUAGUAAAUAUUCAUUUGAUAACCAUAUGUUAAUUUUAUCCAUAAACAAUGAGAACGAAAUCUUUUUUCUUAGAAGAUAAUCUUUAUUCAAGUACUUUUCUAUUUUGUGUACAGAUUUAUCUUUAUGUAUCUGAUAGAUUUAAUAGAUCAUCUCGUUUAACAUCAACAGAAUGCUAUGAUGAAAAAACUAAUCUAUAAACUGUUGGUGAAGGCAUCACAGUUGUCAGAUCUAAGAAGCAAGAAAAGUUACUAGAAUUUUAAUAUUUUUUCAAUGUCUUCUGAAUCUUAGUACUUCUUUUUUCAUUUUUUCCGAGUUCUGAACUUUUUUCGAUCACAGCUUCGCUAAAGUGUUGACGUAGGUGGGUACAGGCAUUCGCUUCAUCCACACAUUUCUUCGUCAUAAAACAUUUUCGAAAAAUUAAACAUUAUGAACAAUGAUAUCAAAUUUAUAUUAUACAAUCGUUAUCUAUUCCUUCUGUAAGAUCGCUUAAUCUGCAUAGUAUAUAUAUGAUUGCUUUUGUGCUUCCUCUGUGAAGGAAUUUAGAAUUUAGUACUCUUUUUGUUUCUUUUUUUGUAUUAACUAAACAAUAUAUUCAUUUUAUUGUCUGUCUUUAUAGUUGACAUAAAACAAUGAGCAAAUAUUCACUAUAGUAUUUGAUUCCAGCAUGUUAACAUAAUAGCUGCUAUUUCGUUUAAAAAUGCGCCUUCUGAAUAAUUUCUGAAUAUAAAACUUUUUAUCUGACUGCUCUGCAAGAUAUGCAUGUACGCACAUAAGGAGCUGAUCUUGUUUUCUAUUGUUGUUCAUAUCUUGGUAAAUGUAUAUCUAUGCAUUACACGGAUGAAUAUUGAAUCAUUUUCCAUUGAGAUAAGGUGUUUCUUUUUUCAUUACUAAUAUUGAUUGUGACAGUGAAGAAGACUCAACAGAAUAGGAAAUUAGAAUUUGUACAAGAAAUAUAGUUUGCUUAACAUCAAGAAUUGAUGAUCUAUUGGCAUCAUAUUAGUCUAACGAAAAGCAGAAUAUAUCAACGAUUUAUUAGAUAAGCGAACAAUUUACAGCUUUCGUUUUUCUUAAUAGAAAUAUAUCUAAAUGUGUUAUAGUAUUGUCUUUUAAAUGGCUUUUUCUCUCUCAAAUAAAAUAUGACUAUCUUUUCAAAUGAUGAUUAUUUUUUAAAAUUAUUCAUUUUUUUUCAAGUGGAUAUGAUGGUCUUAGCUUGUUACGAACGGUUGAAAAAUAUGAUAUUAAUUUGGGUCGAUGGUCACAAAUGGCACCAAUGCUAACUCCACGUUCAGGCGCUGGUUGUGCAACAGUUGAUCGUUAUAUAUUUGCUUGUGGUGGAUUUGAUGGAAAAAUUCAUUUAUCGAGUGUAGAACGAUAUGAUAGUCAAAUAAAUCAAUGGACAAAUGUGACAAGUAUGUCUGUUCGACGAUGUUAUUGUGGUUCAGCAUUUAUUCGUGGUCGAAUAGCUGUUAUUUGGUGGUUAUGA